UUUUUCCAAAGAAUAGAGAAGAGAAAGGGCCGAUAGGUGUGUCCUGAUAGGUGUGUGUGUGUCUCUCUCUCUCUCUACUAUAUACUCUCUCUCUGUCUCUCUCAACUAUAAUAAUUAAACCCUCUGGCUUUUUGUUUCUCCUCUUUUUUUUGGUUUGGUUUUGUUGUUACUUCCUUUGCAGUGAGACGGGAAGUGGUAUUUGAAGAGUGGUUUUGAGAUCUACAUUCUAUUGGCUUCACUUUACUCUUUUUCACUCGGAUCCAUUGCGAUUUCUGGUGGUUCUGAAAAUGGCUUUCCCGUUAGGGCUUCAGGUAUUAUCAUGGUGAGGAAGAGGAGAACUGAACUUCCUGGUGGGGGAGAAAGCUCUGAGUCUCAGGAAGCAAGUGGAGGCCGUGGUGGUGGUGCCCAACGUCCGCCAGCUCAACAGCAACAGCAGCAGCAGCAGCAGGGAGGUGGUCACCAAGGAGGAGGUAGAGGAUGGGGUCCCCAAUCUCAACAAGGAGGUCGUGGAGGGUAUGGUGGGCGGGGGGGUGGUGGCGGUGGUGGUGGACCCCAGCGUGGUGGAAUGGCAGGUCAGCAGUAUUAUGGUGGGCCCCCUGAGUAUCACCAACAAGGCAGGGGAGGUCCGCCACGAGGAGGGGUAUCACAGCAGCGGCGUGGUGGCAGCAGCAGUAGUGGCGUGGGUGGUGGCCUUGGGGUUGUACCUUCUGCUGGUGGGCCUUCUAGACCACCAGUUCCCGAGCUGCACCAAGCAACCCAGGCUUCUUAUCAGGCCGGGGUGACCACACAGCCUGUGGCAUAUCCAAAACCAGCAGAGAUGCAUGGUGAGGCCAGCUCUUCAUCCCCGGUACCUGAUCCAAGCCUUUCACAAGUGACGUCGAAAGUUCAGGGGCUUUCUCUGCAGGAAGAAGGGACCUCCAGCCAGGCAAUCCAGCCUGCGCCUCCGUCGAGUAAAUCAAUGAGAUUUCCUCUUCGUCCAGGCAAGGGUAGCAGUGGUACCAGGUGUAUUGUCAAGGCUAACCAUUUCUUUGCUGAACUGCCAGACAAGGAUUUGCACCAAUAUGAUGUUUCAAUUACCCCAGAGGUGACAUCUCGAGGCGUUAACCGUGCUGUGAUGGAACAACUAGUUAAAAUGUAUCGGGAAUCUCAUCUUGGCAAGCGGCUUCCUGCUUAUGAUGGAAGAAAGAGCUUGUAUACUGCGGGUCCUCUCCCUUUCACUUCAAAAGAGUUCAAAAUCACUCUCAUUGAUGAAGAUGAUGGAACAGGCGGUGCUAGGAGAGAGAGGGAAUUCAGAGUUGUGAUAAAAUUGGCUGCACGUGCUGACCUGCACCAUUUAGGGUUGUUUUUACAAGGAAGGCAGGCCGAUGCACCGCAAGAAGCUCUUCAGGUUCUGGACAUUGUUUUGCGUGAACUGCCCACAAUGCGAUAUUGUCCCGUGGGCCGCUCAUUUUAUUCCCCUGAUUUGGGGAGAAGGCAUCCAUUGGGUGAAGGACUAGAAAGUUGGCGUGGCUUCUACCAAAGCAUUCGUCCAACUCAGAUGGGGCUGUCACUGAACAUAGAUAUGUCCUCCACUGCUUUUAUUGAGCCACUGCCUGUCAUUGAUUUUGUGACUCAGCUUCUGACUAGGGAUGUGUCUUCAAGACCAUUGUCUGAUGCUGAUCGUGUGAAGAUCAAGAAAGCUUUGAGGGGAGUGAAGGUUGAAGUUACUCACCGUGGAAAUAUGCGCCGAAAAUACCGAAUAACUGGUUUAACAUCACAGGCAACAAGAGAGCUAACCUUCCCAGUUGAUGAAAGAGGGACAAUGAAAUCUGUUGUUGAGUACUUUCACGAGACCUAUGGUUUUGUGAUCCAACAUACUCAAUGGCCUUGUCUACAAGUUGGGAAUCAGCAGAGGCCAAAUUAUCUGCCUAUGGAGGUGUGCAAGAUUGUGGAGGGUCAGAGGUACUCCAAGAGGUUGAAUGAGAGGCAAAUUACUGCUUUGCUUAAGGUGACCUGUCAGCGUCCUCAAGAAAGGGAGCAGGAUAUUCUUCAGACUGUUCAUCACAAUGCUUAUGCUGAUGAUCCUUAUGCAAAAGAGUUCGGAAUCAAAAUUAGUGAGAAGCUAGCUGCAGUGGAAGCACGUGUUCUGCCUGCUCCCUGGCUUAAAUACCAUGAUACCGGCAGGGAAAAGGAUUGCCUUCCACAAGUUGGUCAAUGGAACAUGAUGAAUAAGAAAAUGGUCAACGGGGGAACUGUAAACAAUUGGAUCUGUAUAAAUUUUUCACGGAACGUGCAAGACAGUGUUUCUCGGGGCUUUUGUAAUGAGCUUGCACAAAUGUGUGUUAUUUGUGGCAUGGUAUUUAAUCGUGACCCUGUGCUCGCACCACUGAGUGCCCGUCCUGAUCAGGUAGAACGAGUCUUGAAAGCUCGGUUCCAUGAUGCGAUGACUAAACUCCAGCCUCAGGGCAAGGAGCUUGACCUGCUAAUUGUUAUUCUGCCAGAUAACAAUGGCUCUCUUUAUGGUGAUUUGAAGCGUAUUUGUGAGACAGAUCUUGGGAUUGUUUCCCAGUGCUGUUUGACAAAACAUGUAUUUCGGAUGAGCAAGCAGUAUCUUGCCAAUGUGGCAUUAAAAAUUAAUGUGAAAGUUGGGGGAAGGAAUACAGUUCUUGUUGAUGCAAUAUCAAGGCGCAUACCUCUAGUUAGCGACCUACCUACCAUCAUUUUUGGUGCUGAUGUUACCCAUCCUCAUCCUGGCGAAGAUUCAAGCCCUUCCAUUGCGGCUGUUGUUGCUUCUCAAGAUUGGCCAGAGGUUACAAAAUAUGCUGGUUUGGUUUGUGCUCAAGAGCAUCGCCAGGAACUCAUCCAAGAUCUGUUCAAAUCCUGGCAAGAUCCUGUAAGAGGAACUGUGACUGGUGGAAUGAUCAAGGAACUUCUCAUCUCCUUCCGUAGAGCAACAGGGCAGAAACCACAGAGGAUCAUAUUUUACAGGGACGGUGUCAGUGAAGGACAGUUCUAUCAGGUUUUGCUUUAUGAACUUGAUGCUAUCCGGAAGGCAUGUGCGUCUUUAGAACCAAACUAUCAGCCCCCAGUUACUUUCGUUGUGGUUCAGAAACGGCAUCACACAAGGUUGUUUGCCAACAACCAUCGUGAUCGAAAUGCAGUGGACAGGAGUGGAAAUAUAUUGCCGGGUACUGUUGUGGAUUCCAAAAUCUGCCAUCCGACUGAAUUUGACUUCUAUUUAUGCAGUCAUGCUGGCAUUCAAGGUACUAGUCGACCAGCUCACUACCAUGUGUUGUGGGAUGAGAACAAGUUCACAGCUGAUGGGCUCCAAUCACUGACAAAUAACCUUUGCUAUACAUAUGCGAGGUGCACACGCUCUGUCUCCAUUGUGCCUCCUGCAUACUAUGCUCAUCUGGCAGCUUUCCGUGCUCGAUUUUACAUGGAACCAGAGACAUCCGAUAGUGGUUCAAUGAGCAGUGCAGCGGUUGGCCGUGCAGGCAUGAUGGUUGGUCCAGGUGCACGUAGCACAAGGGUACCAGGUGCUAAUGCCCCUGUUAGACCCCUCCCUGCCCUUAAAGACAAUGUCAAGAGGGUAAUGUUUUAUUGCUAGAUAUGCCCCCUAUCAUAUGGUCACAUAUGUUCCUUUUGGCUACUCAUGAGACUGAUGUUAAUACAAUUCACUUAAUUUAAUGUCUUUAAGUAAAGUUUAUCGUAACAAUCACAUUGGCAUUGCUUGAUUGAUGAAAUGUCCAGUGAAGUAAAUUGGUUCUAUUAGCCAAGUCAGAGACGUGCAACACUGGAAAUGCUAAGGUGAUCUUAUUUUGUGUUUGAUGAAUGCUAUGCUGCAGUGUUUCUUUUGGUUUGAUAAAAAAAGUUUGUUACUUGAUUA